AUGAGGUCCCUGAUGAAACCGUGUUUUAAGUGUGACGUGUGUGGCCAAGAGUUCAAAAAGCAGUACCUACUGCGAAAACACCUGCAUGACCAUGCAAAAAACAAACCUCACCAUUGUCCAAAAUGCCCCGCAACAUUUAACGUACCAACAAACUUCACCCUGCACAUGGCGACGCACAACGCCGGCGAGCCCAAGUGCCCCGAGUGCGGCAAAAAGUUCGCCCGAGUAGCUAGCUUGAAGGCGCACAUGCUCAUACACCAGAUGGACGAGAGCCUCUACUGCACCGAGUGCGACGACACCUUCGCGACCAAGAGCCAGCUCGAGGCCCACCAGAGCUUGCACGACGAAAAAUGGCCCGGCAACGCUUGCAAGCGCUGCCGGGUCUGCGGCAAACAGUUCACCAAGCCCGUCCUCUAUCGCCAGCACCUCCGCGACCACUACAAGCUGAAAGUCAAGUGCUCGAAGCAGACGAAGCGCGGGGUUCGGCAACGCACGGCUUACAAGUGCAAGGUGUGCGCCAAGGUGUUCGAGAAGCCGAGCCAGCUAGCCCGGCACAUCAGGGUCCACACGGGGGAGAAACCCUACAAGUGCAACGUCUGCAAUCGAGGCUUCACGCAGGAGGGCUCCGUGAGGAUCCACAUGUGGCAGCACAAGAACGUCAAGCCCUACAGCUGCACCCUCUGCCACGCCAGUUUCCGGCAAAAAGGUAAUUUGAAUUCCCACGUGCUGCGGGUGCACGAGCUGAAGGAGGAGGGUGGCAGGCCGUUGUACCGGUGCUCGCGGUGCCCCUGCGCGUUCAAGAAGCUGGGCAGCCUGAGCAGUCACGUGAAGCGGGUCCACGGCGGUGACGGGAGCAACCUCGCCACGGAGGAGGACGACGACGGCGACGAGAACGAGGAGGCCAUGCGGGCCAAGGUCGACCGGGUCAUCGAUGGGCUGGCCGAUCUCGAGUCGUGCGUCGCCGAUGCGAGACUCGCUGGGCUGGAAUCGGGAAAGGAGGGCUUCGUCGUCACCGACGACAAGGAGACCACGGCCCUCGUCACGAUCUUUGACAAGGAGAGCGACGGUUUGAACGGCAAGUACGUGAAACUGAAGCAGCGAUUGGUCAACAACGCCAAGUUCUACGAGUGCACGUUUUGCCAGAAAACUUUCAAAAAGCCGUCCGAUCUCAUGAGGCACUUGAGGAUACACACCAAGGAAAAGCCUCACAAGUGCAAAAUAUGCGACAGAUCGUUCACGUUGAAGGCAACGCUGCUGCACCACGCGAGCACCCACAACGGGACGGACAAAGUACCGUGCGCCAUGUGCAACAUGACACUGGACUCGAGAAGGGCUUUUGAAAACCACAUGGACAACUGCCACAGGUGUACCAAGUGCGACAAGCGAUACGAGAGCAUGGAGGAGCAAAACAGCCACAAGGAAGCGCACAUCGGUGACCUCCCGAGCAUGGAGAGGCCAACGUCGAAGAAACAAGUGUCCGCCGAGGUGCAAAGCCUGGCGGAUAAGGUUGUGCUGAAGGAGCCACUGGUGCUCACGGAAACGGGCAAUGGGCAAGUCCAAGCCAAGCCUCGGUAUCGCGACGACAUCGCCCGCGGCAAGGGCAGGCCGCACAAGUGCCCGUCGUGCCCCGCCGCCUUCAUGAAAGUCAGUCAUUUCAAGCAACACUACCGCAAACACACGGGCGAACGGCCCUUCUCCUGUGACACCUGCAACAGCGCCUUCUCGACAAAAAGCACCCUCAAGGCUCACCUCCGCGUCCACGACCGCUCGAGGCCCUACUCGUGCUGCAUUUGCAACAAUAAAUUUACGACUCUGAGCGGCAUGAGGAGGCACUACACGACGCACGACAACAAACGCUCCAUCAUGUGUCCCUACUGCAACAAGACCUUCAAAUCGUCGGUCACUUGCAAGAAACACAUGAAGGUGCACAAACAAGAAGUCGCCCAGCAGCAACUGGAGCUUCAGAAAACACAACAAAAGCCCGAUCCAAGUGCUACUGGCGCCACGAACAAACCGGUCAUCAUCAGCGACGAAAGAGUUGUACUGCCUUUCGCCAUUGCGUCGUCCUUGCACUCGAACAAUCCAACAACUGCCUCCAACGAUCGAAGCGCGGACAACUUGCAGUUUUCCGUCACCUCGUCUUCGCCGAGUAUCCAAUCGUUAGCGCAGAACAUGCCCGCGGUGGAUGGCACCGACGCGAGCUUGGUCCAAACUUUGCAGGCGCAAGACAACAGCUCGAUGAUCCUGUCCAACUACGACGGCAGCCAAUCUAUUUCCCCUGAGAGCAUCCGAGAGAUCGAAGAAAAGCUGAACCAGCAGUUGUUCGGUCUCGGGGUGAACUUGUCACUGGGCAACGUCGUCAAGCACCUUGAUCCGCAAAACGAUGCAAACGUGGAGUCGCGCGAGCAGCCGAUGUUGAGUAUCAUUUACGAAAACGGGACCACGUUGCAUUCGCCGGUCACUGUCAGCGCAUCCGUCAAUCCCAGCGCGUUCAACCCUCAGUACGGCAAUAUCGACAUCAGUCAAAUAGCGUUGCAGAACAACAACGCGAUGAACAUCGGCAUCGUGCAAGCUGAUUCCACCAACGUGAUAAACAUCCUGUCCAACGUCAUACAAGAGAGUGAACCGUGUCCCCAGCCGAUGAUCGACGACGGCGUUGAUUUGAAUUUCGUCAUCCAUGAAAACGCAACGAGUGAGAUCGAUCGAGUGGUCGACGACCCUUCGAUCUUCGACAUGAAGGAUGGUGUUGAUCCACAGGGCGGCGACGGUUCGAACAAAGGAGACAGUUUACAGUGCCAUAUUUGCGACAGACAAGGGUUCAGCGCCAAAGAUUUGGAAGACCACUUGGAAACCCAUCAAGGGAAGAACGAGUUCCAAUGCUCGGUUUGUCUCACGAAAUUAUUGUCCGAAAGGGAUCUCAAUCGGCACGCGAAGACGCACGAGAUUCAAGAAACUCACAAAUGUUACGAGUGUAACCAGGAAUUCAACACGAGCUUACUGUUGAGGGACCACAUCAAGGAGCAUGUGAAAAAAGAGUUGAAACUGAAAGACCCGGAAAAUGCAGAGACAAUCAUUACCGAACUCGAAUCGGAAGCCAAAGUUGACGGUAGCAAGAAAAAGAACAAAGUCAACACGUGCCAAUAUUGUCCCAAAAGUUUCCGCAAACCAAGCGAUCUCGUCAGACACGUGAGGACACACACGGGCGAACGACCCUACGAGUGCCAUUUUUGCAACAAAACUUUCGCCGUCAAGUGUACCUUGGACUCGCACCUAAAGAUACACAACAGCAAAAAGUCGUUCCACUGCCAAAUUUGUGACAAUAUGUUUGCGACCAAAGGAAGCCUCAAAGUUCACUCGAGACUACACACAGGGUCCAAACCGUUCAAGUGUUCCAUGUGCGACAUGAAGUUCCGCACCUCAGGCCACCGGAAAGUACACCUCCUGUCUCACACGAAAACUAGAAAAUCCUCGACUCGCAAGUCAAAGAGCAAAACCACGGGAGUCUCGCUACUGGCGGCCGAGGUUGAAAAGUUGGCCGAAAAGGAUUUGGUCGACAACGCCGUGAUGCUCGAAAUCGAUUCGCUGCAAGACUUUGACCAGCCAACCAUUGAGCUUCAGGACAACGACCUCGUGCAGACGCCGGCAAUCGAGUCCCAACAAAGUUUCGACGCGAUCGAUCCAAUGGAUGACGCCCUGGUGCAGCCAAACAUGGGCAUCGAUCAAAGUCUGAACGACUUGACGAUACCAAGCGAAAUAACUUUUAGCACGGACUUCCUGGACGGCGACAUUUUGACCCUCGGUGAAAACAACCAGUGGGUGGCGAACCUGCAGUAUCUAUUGACCAACGGGUUGGUCACGAUACAGACCCAGGACCCGGAGUUGAAUCAAGUGACUCUGACGACGACGUCUACGAUACCGGACGGCCUUGAAAAGACAAAAAUCCCCGAAGAGACCGAGGUGCCCCAGGUACUCUUCGACAUGGAGUCCCCGGACUCGACGGUGCCCAACAACCCGCUGCCAGGUGAGAAAAGCCUCGCCAUGAGCGAUUACAUGGUCCUGCAGUUGGACAGCGUCGACUCGACGGUGCAGAUCAGAAACAACGCUGCCAAUCCGGACAAAUCCCCGGUCAGCGGGGCGAGGCGGGAGUGCGAAAUGUGCGGCAAGAGUUUCGCCAAGCCGUGCCAACUCGAGCGCCACAAGCGAACGCACACGGGCGAGCGGCCCUUCAAGUGCGACCAGUGCGCAAAGUCCUUUGGCCAGAAGUCGACGCUGCAGAUGCAUUACAGGAACCACACCGGGGCCAAACCCCACGAGUGCAGCCAGUGCAACAAAUCGUUCGCCCAGAGUGGUAAUUUGCACACCCACGUCAAGCGGGUGCACAAGGCCGAGACGAGUCCGCCGAGUCGGGCGACGCAGUACUUUCACUACGAUCUGAAACUGCUGGAUUCAAGUGUCGAAGACCGCAGAUCGCUUGAGCUUGACGACAUGUCGUUUGCCGAUUUACUGAGCUGAUGGUGUAGUUUUAACAAGUGCCUUACUCUAUGCGCCAUUAUAUAUAAAAAAAAGAAAAGCUGGAUCUUGAGUGUUUUCAUAUUUGAUCUGAAAUUAGUUAGUAUUUUAUCGUAGAUAUAUAAUUACUUGGUGCAAUUUUUGUUGAAGAUUAAAUAUUCGUUGUAAAGAGUAAAUAUUUUAAUACUAUCGCUAGCUAAUUUUUUUUUUUCAAACUUGUCUUCGUGAUUUUAAAACUGAUGCCAUUACUAUCUUUUCGAGAUUUUUAUUUUAAUCAUUACGAGUAUAAGCGUCAUGGCAAUGAAUUAUUUAUAGUCUAUUUGCAUAAUAUAGAUGUAUAAAAAAGUGAGCUAUGAAGUAACAAACUAUUUUUUUAUCGCUGCGUUUUUAUAAUGUAUACAUGCCCGAAGGUGCUAAAGGUGCAAUUUACAAGUGUAAGGAUUAUCGUUAAGGAUAAAAAUGUAUUUUGAUAUUUACUUACAAUCGUUUUGUUAUACAGUUACAUCGAAGACCAUAUAUGAAUGAUUGUUUAUUUUUUUCGUCAAAAGAUAUUUACAAACUCGAACGCGCCA